UACCCAGUCCAACAACAACGACUGUACUGUAUUUAUUGUGGCGAAUCACUAGCCCCAGCCCCAGCACUAUAUCAUGCAUCGGUAGACAGUCAGUCACCCCUCAUCCAAAGGAAGACUGAUCUAGUACAGAAAUCGAACCACCUCUAGUGACUACUACACCAAUGAAACACCGUAAACCCAGCAACCCUUCCCAACCCAAGCAAACACACACACACACACACACACACACACACACACACACACACUCACAAACAAGCAAAGCCUUCCCAACGCCCAUGCAUACAUGCAUGCACGCAAGCCUGCGUCCGCACCUGCAACGGUCGUACACCCCAUGCACCAUGCACCAUGCACCCUACACCCUACACCCUACACCCUACACCAAGCCCGAACCAAAUCAACUCAAGUCCGAUAAAGCAGACGACGGCGACGGCGACAGCGACAGCAGCGGGGAAAUCUGGGCCCCCCCUCAAAACUCAAUCUAAUUUCCACUGGCACCGGAAGGGCCGAAGAGGGGGGCUUUCCCACGCAACGCAACUACACGGCCAAGGAUAAGCGAGCUGCGAGGCCAAAGGAAUUGAAUUGUUCCUGCGGC